AUAUGGCUGCUGACACCAUCGACUUCUCUGACCAGACCGAAAAGAUUCCAGAUGAGAAAUGAAAAUGUAUCUUUUAUUCACCAUUUAAGAAUAUGCAUAGUCAGCUUUGUAUUUAAUUUUGAAGAUCAUUGCAAAAGCCUGUCUACCAGGUAACAUUUCUAUGGAUGAAUGCAGCCAAUGAAGAUACCAUGACAGACAAGAUGGGAAAGCGGAACUGAACUGCUAAAUUUCUCAUGGUGGAAUGGGAUAGGAUACAAGUAACUUUCUGAUAAUUAUGAAACUUGAGAAUUAGUCAGAGAAAUUACUGAAAAAGUUGGCCUAGUAAUUGGAUCACAGUUAAUGAAUCACCUCUUCAUACUGGCAACAUUCUUCAUUGAAACAAGUUUACAGAAUGUUAAUUUGAAACUUUUAUAGGAACGCUAUAUAACAUGUUUAUACAGGCCUGAGAAAAUGAAUUAUUUGGAUGAAGAAGUUUCAUUUGUGAAAAAGACACAAGAAAGUACAUAUAUCAGAAGAAAUGAGUCUGAAGUUGGUUCCAAAUUAAUUUCUGAAAUAUGGCCCAGUAACCCCUGCAAUAACUCAAGUGAAGACAUAAGUUUUAUUUCUGAUGAUACAGCUGCGAGAAUAGAGUCUUCCAGUCAAGUUUUGACAGAGGACAAUGGCCAAACUAAAGUAAAUAAAAUUCCCAAUGAACAUUCUGUAGAUCCUGACUGCAUAAAUAAUAUCCUGCAUGGUGACUUAUUAUCUAUAAUAAAGAUACCGUCAGAAUCACCUCUGUUUCCCAAAGCUGAUGAUACUCCAUGUGAUUCAUCAGGUUCUUAUCACACAGCUAUGUGCUCUGAGAUCUCAGAAAAUCUCAGUGACUGUAGUGGACAAUUCAAGGAUAUUGAAGAAAAUCCUACAGACUAUGAUGUAAAUCAAGAUACUUCUAAUAAUGAAAAACCCGAACAUGUAGCUAAUUUGCAAACUGGAAAAAUCAGUGACCUGUUAAAUGGGACAAAAAUUGCAAGUAGCUUAAAUGAUUGUACAUCGUCACUUCAAUCCUAUUGUUAUGAAGGACAAGAGCAAAUAUUUAUGAAUAAGCAUAAAAAGGAGUUCUGUAAACUAAAUGCUGAGAGGGAAACCUUUGAAUCUGAUGAAGUGAUGAAGAUCUGUAGAUUAGAGAAGAAGAACGAGACUGAUGUUGACUCUGAUUACAAAAAGAAUGAGAGAGAAACUGUAAAAAUUGCUGACGAGUAUGAAACAACCACUAACAAUCCUCUGAAAGUAAAUAAUGCUUGUACUGUUGUAGUACCUGAUGAUACUUCUCUAACUACUAACAGCAAUGCAUAUUGCCAAGGAAUAUUCAAUGGGUCAACUGAAUAUGAUCUAUCAGUUAAGGGCACAGAUACCAAUGUUGAUCAAGGAAAUAGAGGCCAACAGGUUCAAAGCCAGAAUAGCCAAAUUGGAGACAGCAGUAGCACAGUGCAGCUCACUAAAAUUCAGAAAGCUGGAAUAAGUCUACAUGAAUCCCCAAGUUGUUAUCUACACCUGGGGUUAAAUGAACCUGGAAAAAUAUUUAGGACAGAUACAUUUGAAAAUGAUUUUAAAAAUGAUUCAAGUGUUGAUGAUAAAAAGGUUUAUGCUGAAUGUGUGAGUGAAACAUCCAGUGCAGCAAGCGACUUAGAUGAGACUGAUUAUGAAGUUCAAAAGUUAACUGCUUUGGCCUUUCGAAGUUUAUCCUGCCCGAAUGAUGACUACCUCGACAUUUAUAAUUCUAGAAUGCGCAUUGAUUUUUCAUCACCUUUGUCAGCAGAAAAUGAACAAAAACACAGAUUGUCUCCUUGCAAUGAGUUAUGCCACAAUGGUCUUUUUGACAGCAAUGAGGACUGCUCAGAUUCCAAGAACAAAGCUUUACAUGCUGAAGCUGAAGAAGACACCAUGUUAUUUGAUGAUUCCUUUGACAGAGAACAGUGCAUUGACGUGGUUGUGGAAUCUCAUGACAAAAGCAAAGAUUUAAAAUCAAGCAGAACUGUCCCCAAACGUCAAAUUGAAUUUAGAAAACGACAGAGAAGUGAAUUAAAAGUCUUUACUUCAAGAUGUGCCAUUAAAUCUUGUGUCUGCAUUGAUCCUGGAGAUGAAACUGAGAACAAAGAAACUUUAGUAGAAUUGCAAAAGUGUGAAAAUAUACCUUUUACAGAAAAUAUCAAAGAUGAAGACACUAUUGAUAGCCACCUGCAAAGACCAAUCUCCACAGUUGAGCCUUUGACAAAAAACAAAUUUGCAUCCUAUAUUAUCACAAAUGUCAUAUCCAAGAAAAUGCAGUUUGAGCAAGGCCUCAAAACGGAACAUGGAUUAAAUAAGAUUACAAACUCCAUCUCAUCAACCCCUACCUUGGUAAAAGAGGAGGAUUGUGACCUUCCCACAAUGGUUUCACAACAAGUUCAACAUGAAGAUCCUACUUCAGAAUCUGAAACUCUCAGAUUUAUCCAAGGCAAUUGCAAAAUGAACAGCUGCGAAUUUGAUAAUGUAAAUAUCGAGGAAAAUGGAAAUGAGGAUCAAAAAUACAGUUUGAAUUGUUUAAUAUGUGACAGUGGACCGAAUUUGGAUGGAAAGAAAAACAAAAACAAAAACAUUCUCAAUUGCUAUGGAAAAAAAACAUUUAGAAAUUGUAGUGAGUGUAAUACAGGCAUUGGAAUUGAUAACAGGGAAGAAAGAGCAUUUGAAUCACAUCCAGAAAAACCACACCCUGAGAUAUAUGACCUAAGCACUAAGGCAUCUGAACAAGAGAAAAAUUUCAAUGCGCCAUAUUUUUCAGAGUGUCAAAGUGCAGAUUAUACAUCACAGGUUUCUGAGGAAGAAAUGACAUUAAAUGACAGAAUGCAAACAAAACAGAAACAAUUUAAAGAAAAAACCAGUGACAUUCAGUCAGGUAACACCUCAAGCAAAAUUGAAACAACAAGUCAUACUCUUAUGUUAACAACACCAUACAUACUACACAAUUCUCAAAAAGCAAAUGCAAAACAAAUGAAAGCAUUUUCUAUUGCCAAAGAGAAUUCUACUGUGGAUUCCAACACUACUGGCCAUGACCCUAUGCAUGGGAUUCUUCCUCCCUCAUUUGAAUUGAAAUCUGGAUUGGAGCAAGAUAAAGUUUCAUGGUGUAAUGUAAACGACAACAUAACUAUGAAAAACGCAACAAAACUCCAGCCUUCUCAUGUCAGAGAUGCAAGAAAACCAGCUCAAAAUGCUUACAGUGCAUUGACAUUCUGUACUGUCAAGGCUCAAUCUGCUAUACCCAAUCAAGUUCACAAUUCUUCUAGUUUUGAACAAUCACUUUCAGCAACAAAACACAAAAUAUCACCAAUUUUUAUUGAAUGUCAAUCAAUAAGCAGGAAAUCCGACAAACAUAAUAACAGUUAUUCAAUUGACAAGAAUUAUUGGACGUGUACAGGAAGCUCAGAUAUUUCAAGGAUAUUUUCCUCUGACUUCCAGCUACCUAUUCCAUCAAAUAAACAGAAAAACAAAGUAAUUUCUGCUAAAAGAAUAAAGGGUACAAAUUACUCUAUGAAUGAGAAUGGAAAUAACACAACUGAACAUUUAACCUGUCAUUCUAAUAAAACAACAUCUGAAAGGAAUAUCAAAGCCUUAUCGAUUUCAAAUAAUGAAAAACCUAAGUUAUCAUCUAUGAAAGUCAAAGUGGGAGCAGAGGAUCAGAAAGAAUAUUCAGGCAAUUUUGUGCUAAAUAGUGAAAUUGCUGAUUUUGUACCUGAGAAAGAUAAACAAAAUAAUGAAUUCCAGCAAAGACCGGAAAAUUCAAAUAGUCAUUUAUCAUGUUCUACCACAAAAACAAAAAGUUCUGAAAUGCCAAUCAGCAAAAUAGCGCAUAGUGGUGAUAUUCAGAGUGAACUAGAUAUUGAAAACAGAUUUACAAUGAAGUCCGAUACAAACAAGAAAAGGAAUUCCAUGGUAUUCUGUAAAGAUGUCACAAGAAGUGAGAAGCCAAACAGAGUGCAAGAUCAAACUGCACUUUUAAGAAAUUCACCCCUAAACACAACUAAAGAUUCUUCACAAAGAAAGCAUAGACCUGAAAAAGAUACUCAAACAGAGCUGGAAAAUCAAAACAAUCAGUUAGGGAUUUUUAAUGAGCAUAUUGAGCUGUCAAACAAAAAUAACCCUUUUCAAAGUGAUAGUCAAGUUAAUAUAAAGAAUCAAAAUCCAAUUAAUAGCAACAAAGGCUUGGGUUCAUCAUCUUGGGAGGAUGAUCCUGGCAACAUGACAUUGGGAAAUCAAAAUAAAUGUUUCAGAUUAUCAAAUGCAAAUGAUAAAGAAACUCAAACACCACCGAGGAAAGGGAAACAUAAGAAAGCAAUGCAACUUAGAUUGGAAAAACAAAACAAAAUAUCAGAACAUUUAACAUUAGACAAUGAAGUGUUUGUUGUGUCAAAUGACAAGCAUGAACUGAAAAAAGAACCUCAAGUCAGUUUGGGAGAUCAGAACAAACUGUCUAAAGAUUCUACUUUUGAUGUCGAAGGUGACAAUUCAUCACAUGAUUACCUAAUGUAUCAGGAAGAUCAUCAGCAGAACAAUCAGGGUGUGUCAGAUGAUAACGUAUUACCAAAUACAAAUAUGCAUGAAAAUGAAAUGCAAAGGAGAUCGCAAAAUGAAGCUAAAUCUUUGUAUAGUUUGAGCUCCAACUGCAAAGAAAUUAAAUUAUCACCAAUAAAUUGUAAUCGUAAAGGAGAGAUCCAUGAUGUAAUGGAAAAUCCAAGCAGUCUGCUGACUCAUUGUAUGCAGAACAGUGGGAAUAUCAUUUUACCAGCAGUUAAAAGCAAGAUCGAGAAAGAGUUUGAAAUUGAACAUAAUGCUCCAAAAAGCACAGGCAAAGUUGAAAUGAUACAAAAAACUGAAAAAGUUGGCUUAACAUUCAUAAGUGAAUUACAGCCAUUCAAAGAUAAUAACGCUCUUUCAAUAGUUUCAGAGGUAGAUAAACAAAGUACGACUAAAGACUGUGCAGAAUUCAAUAUUAAUAAAGUUGCAGAUGUGCAGAUUUCAUCUGUGCAGGUCCAAACCCCAAAUGACAUCAGUUUAAUUCCAAUCAAAACCACAGGAAACAAUCAUAUUUCUGUGGAAUCACCAAAUUAUCCAGAAACUAUUAAAAUUUCAUCAAAUACUUCAUUUCAAGAAAAUGAAAACCAAGAUGCUCACGACAAAUCAACACUUUCAUUUGAUAUUCACAAACCAACAGUUAAUAAGCUUUCGGCUUCACAAGUUACAUCAAGCUUUAAAAAUUUGAAGUUGCUUGAAUCUAUUCAGCCUGAUUCUAAAUUAUCCACAAAGAUAAUUGGCAACGAAACCAAGCAACAAUCCUUAGAAAUGAAUGUCGUGACAAUGAACAACGCAUUCACCCAAGAAGAAGCAUCAGUAUCAUCGGACCGAGCAAAUUAUCUGACCAUUCCUGUUAAAGAACACAAGUCACAGGCAUUGGUCCCAUCACAAAUGUCUGCUCCUCCACAACCUAUUAUUCCCGAACCAGGUCAUUAUUCAACAAUAACUAGCCUUUGCCAACAAACUUGUGGAACCCUGGAUCCCCAUAAACAGGAACAACAAACAUUGCCUCAACAAAUCCCUGAGGACUUUCAAUCAUUUGGUGCAUGUCCACAGCCUCCACUUUAUACUUCUGCUCAGGUGCCACAACAUACGCUGACUUCAACUGAGCAAAUGUCAAAUACAGUGCCUCAAUCUCCUCACUUUUCAGUCAAUCCCCAAUUCCCUUGCUUUCAGUACAUUCUACCAGAUAAAAAAAUGCUUAUUGAUCCAGAGACUGGAAAACAUUAUUUCAUUGAAACACCAGUACACUCCCCACGUAAACUGCUGCUAGAUCCAGAAACUGGUUGCUAUAUUGAAAUAAUAAUACCUCAGCAACCAUAUAGUGGAUCACCAUUCUCUCCAUAUGUUCUAUGUCCAAGUGCCUUGAGGCCCUCAUUCAUACCCAGCAUGCAAUGCUCCCAAUUAUUUUCAUCACAUCUACCAACAUACUCUGGCCUAUCUCCUGAGACCCCUGAUGUACAAAUGCAAUCAAAUCCAAAGAUUACAACAGACAAGCAAGAUCACAAAAAUAAUACACAAAAUAAUCUACUGGUUGAAUCUAAUUGCAUGGAAAAUGCAUAUUAUAUUCCAACAGGCAUGCCUGUGAAGUCUAAUCCAGCACAAUCUAAAGCGGUAUCAGACCCCCAACCUUAAAAUCUUAUGUAGAAGUCAAAAACAACCCAACAAUUACUUUCUUACUGCAGAAAGCAUAAAGAAAAAGUGAUGCUUGUUCUCUGCUAGACUGAUGUUCACUAACUUCUUGUGCAUUUUGUUAAACUCACACUAUGCUGAAUUAUGGUUUCUGAAAUCUUCCUUAGCAUUUCUC